CCCCUUCCUGUCUGUAGUGUGAUUUGGUGGGAGAAAAAUAGCGCGCUUUCAACACACGUUUCAAAUCGCGUGUUUACUGUUGUGAUUAUUGGAGUAAGUAUUGAGCCCCGGGGUUACCAUGGCUACAGGAGUAGCGGUGAGUGUUUGUGCCUCAGAGCCGGAGUUUGAGCGGAGUGAAGAGGAAGUGCGGAGGAAUGAACCCGAGGAGGAGCACGCCUUACAGCACACCGGGCCUGCCCCGGGCCCUCAACACCGCCUCGCCAAAUUACCCCUGUCCCGCAUUAAAGCCCUCAUGAAGGCUGACCCGGACGUGAGCCUGGCGAGUCAGGAGUCCGUGUUCAUCAUAGCUAAAGCCACGGAGCUGUUUGUGGAAAUGAUAGCCAAGGAUGCACUUGUUUAUGCACAGCAAGGAAAAAGGAAAACAUUACAGAGGAAAGAUCUAGACAAUGCUAUUGAGGCAGCAGAUGAGUUUGCAUUUCUAGAGGGUACCUUGGACUAACUUGCUCCUGUCUUCCUGUAAUGAAGAAAAAAUUGCUAUUUUGUUUAUUUUUGUACAGUUUUGGGCUGAAACUCUAUUUUCAGAGCAAAUGGGGUUAUUUUUUAAUUUUAUUUUUUUUUUUAGUAUGAACAUGUACAGUUUAGAAUAUAUCAAAAAAUGUAAGUGUGAAAUUUGUGAAGUGGCAAUUUUAUUUGUGAAUACUACUAUGCUCUUGCGAAAGAUUUUAAUGUUGAAAUAAAAUUUAUUAGUAUUAUCAUUGUA